CCUUGUUUUGUCCCAUGAUCAGAUAUUUAUAGCAGGGCCAUGACACAAACAACCCCGAGUGCAGCUGAGGAGUUGCACAACAUUUAACAGCGGUAUAACAUUUUCUUUUAGGCACGCUGUUCAUGGUGGAGAAGGUGUCUUGGAGUUGUCAGUUUCCGCCGUUAUGGAUUUCGAGACGUCAGGAGAGCUUUGCGAUGAAGAUGUGGCGACUCAGUACAUGAUAGAGCAGAGCCUUCUGGCAAGCAAUAAGCAGACUGAGUUUAAGGACAUCUUAUCUGAAGAUGGAUGCAGGAUAAUCCAAACUAGUCCAGAAAGGGAUAAAAUAUCCAGUGCUAUCAAAAGAGGUCAUGAAGCCGAGCUUUGUAAGCUUACAAGCCACCAGUCUGCUUUCUCCGAGGAGGACACUGCCGGCCAGAUCCUCUUACACGAGGCAGCCGUGCAAAGCAAUCAACAAAUCCUGGAGAUCACGUUCAAAGCAUCUCCCACAGACGCUAAGUCUAGGAGAACUCAUCGGGGCAAGACGGCCCUCUUUUCGGCUAUAGAGAAGGGUCUCUUGGAAAACGCUUGCUAUCUUUUGGAUAAUGGGAGUAACCCAGAUUGUCUGGACAAUGAUGAAGACUCUCCUCUCGUCAUUGCUAUACGAAACAACCACUACGACAUGGCGAAACUCCUUCUCUGCUUCAAUGCCAACGUGAACCUAAAGUUGGCGCACUGUAGAACGGCUCUUCACGAAGCUGCCCGUUCAGGCGUGACAGAUAUUGCAAUGCUGCUGCUAAAGUCUGGAGCUGAUCCCGAUCCCAGGAGCACGUACGGCCUCACGCCUCUGGCCCUGGCGGCACAAGGUGGCCACAUGGAGAUAGUACGGGAACUCCUGCGCCGAGGAGCUGAUGUGGAUUCUCAAGCUCAAGACUGGGCCACUAUCCUUUAUGAAGCAUCUGCAUCCGGGAACCCUGAUAUCAUCUCUCUGCUGCUGGAGUAUGGCGCUGAUGCUAAUAUUCCCAAACACACAGGCCACCUGCCGAUCCACAGAGUGGCCCAUCGCGGAUAUGCGAAAGCUCUGGCUCUGCUGAUCCCAGUGACCACAUGGGAGGCAGUGGAAGACAGCGGCAUGAGCCCCCUGCACUCGGCAGCAGCCGGCGGUCAAAUACAGUGUCUAGAGAUGCUCCUGAACGCCGGCUAUGACCCCAACUUCAUGCUUCAACCCUGGGUGAGACGCAAUUAUGACGACCAGCGCAGGUCCGCCUUGUACUUUGCAGUAACCAAUGAAGACAUACACUCCACCAAGAUGCUCCUGGAGGCCGGCGCGAUGCCCAACCAGGACCCGGUGAAGUGUUUGCAGGUGGCCUUGCGCUUAGGCAACUACCAACUGAUCGACACCCUGCUGAGGUACGGCGCCAACGUCAAUUACUUCUGCAGGGUGAACACCACACACUUCCCUUCAGCUCUGCAGUACGCCCUGAAGGAUGAGGUUCUGCUGAGGAUGCUCUUUAACUACGGCUACGACGUGCAACGCUGCUUCGACUGUCCGUACGGGGACAGAGUUCAUGUGCCUGAUGAUUACGAAGGCUGGAGCUGUACUGUCAUCAAAGACACCAUGUUUUGUGAGGUGAUAUGUGUCGACUGGCUGAAGCACCUUUCAGGCAGUGUGGUGCGUAUCAUGCUAGAUUACGUCGAUCACGUCAAGUUUUGUGGCAAAAUGAAGGCAACACUGAUGGAGCAAAAACAGUGGCCAGAAAUCUGCAAGAUUCAAGAGAACACGCGCUGCUUGCAGCACCUGUGCCGACUGACCAUCAGGAGAUGUUUGGGACGGCUGCGUCUCAGAGCUCCGGUCUUCAUGAGCUUCCUGCCUCUGCCGAAACGCCUGAAGGAUUACGUCUUAUACAAAGAGUAUGAUCUUUACAGGCAGAUGCACGAACGGAAAAGCUCAAAUCAUGAUGAUGUAAAAUGUCAGGGAUGAAUAAGAUUGGUUUCUACAAAUGAUUGUGUGAUCAGCUUGGCUGGUUUUAGCACCUACAUAAUCAUAAAUGUAUAGAUUGUCAUUAAUGAACUCAUUCAAAUGUGUUUUGUAAAGAUGCUGUUUAAAUUAAUGACAUUAAAACUUUUAUUGUAAUGUUUUUAAUCAGCUUUUUUUAUUGUAAGUCAUGUACUUUAUCUAAAUGCUGGAUUUGGAGAAAUACACUGCCCUUUGGACUAAGAAGAUAAAUACACAGUGUGUGUGUGUGUGUGUACUUUUUCCUUGUAGCUAAGCUGACCUUGA